UUUUUUUUUUCUCUCUCUCUCUCUUUCCUCCCUUUUUCCCCCCCUCCUCCCCCUCCUCCUCCUCCUCUCCUCCAAAAAGAGAGUGAGAGAGAGAGGAAAAGCAUCCGCGUUCCGUAUCUUCUUUCAUCUUCAGACUCCGGUCCUCUGUGUUGGGGGAAAACUGUCUCCUUCAUUCCGCUUUUUCGCGCUCGCCAAUUCUUCACUCCUCCCUUUCUCUCUGCCUCUUUCCUCCCCCCCAAAAAAGAGAGAGAGAGAGAGAGAAAGAGAAAGAAAGAACAAGAAGGGAGAGAGGGGCGAAGGGGAAAAAAAUCCUCCCUGAUUUUCUGAUUCUCAUAUUUUAUUUUAUUUUCUCUCUCUCUGUCUCUCUCUGUCUCUCUCUGUCUGUGUGUGUCUGUCUCUUUCUCUCUUUCUCUCUGCAUCAUCCAUCGUUGGAGUUUUCUUCGUUGCUGGGGAAGGAAGGAAAGGGAAAAAAAAACCAGGAGGAGGAGGUCGCCGAGCCCCCAAAUCAGCGCUGCGGAGGGAUGGAAAAAUAGAGGAGGGGGGGGCCUUGCAAAUGAAUUCCUCCUCCUUCUCUCUCUCCCCCUUUUUCUUCUGUCUUACACACUUUUCCACACCUCCCUGAGGAUCUGGAAGCAGAGAGGCUGAAGGAGCUGACUGGAUGAAAUUUCUGCUUUUCUGGAUUUGAUUCUUGGUUCACCUUUCUUUCUUUCUUUCUUUUUCUUUCUCUUUCUUUCCUUCCUUCCUUUCUCCCUUCCUUCCUUUUACCAUCCUUUCUUUCCUUCCUCUCUUACCAUCCUUUCCCCUUCCUUCCUUCCUACCUUCCUUCCUUCCUUCCUUCCUUUCUUCCUCUUCCUUCCUUUCUUUCUUUCUUUCUUUCUUUCUUUCUUUCUUUCUUUCUUUCUUUCUUUCUUUCUUUCUUUCUUUCUUUUUCUUUCCAGCAGGAAGAGAGAGGGGGGAAAAAUGCCCUUCCUUUGGGCAAGUCUUUGGAAGUGGUGGAAACUUUUCGCAUCAGCCCAGACCCUGGUGCAAAAGAGAGGAUUUAGAAAACUUUGUUGCGAGAUCUAGUAGAUUCUUUCCUUAAAGAAAAAAAGAAAGAAAGAAAGCAACCCCAAAACUCUUCUCUCUCUCUCUCCCUCUCUCUUUUUCUUUCUCUCUCUCUUUUUUUUCUGCCUCUCUUUCUCCCUCGAAUAGAUAUAUUUGGUAUGCGCCCCUCUCUCUCUCUCUGUGUCUCUCUGCUUAUUUUUCCCACCCUGCCUCGUCAAGGAGGGGAUUCGGAAUUGCCUCUUGAAAACCGGCGGGGGUGAGAUUGUCCAAAAAAGAAAAACAAAGGCAAAAAGAAGAAAGAAAGGGAAGAAAAAAAAAAAGAAAGAAAGAAAGGGAAGGAGAAACCGGAGGGGAGUUGGUGCCGGCCUCCCCCUGGCCGCCCCUGACUCUCAUUUUUUUUGCAGUGAUGGCCUUUGAAAACUCUGGAGUUGGAUUUUAUAUGGCUUUGAAUCUCUGUUUUUGGGAACUCUUGUUUGUAGACGGACUCAGCCUGGAACCUAUUUAUUGGAACACUUCGAACAAAAAGUUCCAGAAUGAGGGGGGCUACGUCUUGUACCCCCAGAUCGGGGACCGCUUGGACCUUAUCUGCCCCCGCUCCGUACCCCUGGGCCCAUUCUCCACCGAGGACUACGAAUACUAUAAAUUGUACCUGGUCCAGACCGAGCAGGCGGAGCGCUGCGAGAUUCUGCGGACCCCCAACCUGUUGCUCACGUGCGACCGGCCCGAACACGACAUGCGCUUCACCAUCAAGUUCCAGGAAUACAGUCCCAACCUCUGGGGUCACGAGUUCAAGUCCAACCAGGACUAUUACAUUAUCACCACCUCAGAUGGUACCAAGGAAGGUCUCGAGAACCUGAAAGGAGGCGCCUGUUUGUCCAAAGGGAUGAAAGUGAUGCUAAAAGUAGGACAGCAUCGCAACACGGGCUCCAAAUCCCAGAAUUCCAUGCCCGCCACACCUCCGGAGAAGGACCGAGGGACGCCAGGUGCCGCCGAACCCAACAAGGAGAUGGUCCCAGGACCCUCUUCUGGAAACACGACUGGGAAAGUGGGGGGCGAGAACGGCCCGUUGCCGCAGUCCAAUGUACCCAUCAUUGCUGGUGCUGCCGGAGGAGCAGCGUUUGUGUUGCUGGUGGCGGCGGCCGUGACGGGGGCCCUGUGUUACCGCCACCACCGGGCCAAACACAGCGAGUCGCACCACCCGCCGUUGUCUCUCAGCACCCUGACCAGCCCCAAGCGAGUUGGGGGCGGAGGGGGCGCCAACAACAACGGCUCCGAGCCGAGCGAUAUCAUCAUCCCGCUCAGGACUUCAGACAGUGCGUUCUGCCCGCAUUACGAGAAAGUGAGCGGCGAUUACGGUCACCCUGUCUACAUCGUACAGGAGAUGCCACCGCAGAGCCCGGCUAACAUCUACUACAAAGUAUGAGGCGAGGGGUGGCUCAUCUGAGCCCCCGUGGGCGGCGUUUGGAGCUCCGCGGUGGGCAGGCAAGGACUCGGAGCGGACAGGACACAACCGGACAUUUAGCCUUCCUGCCUGUUCUCGUUCAUCUCGGAUGCUGCACAGAGAAGGGUUUGAUGCACAGGUGCCUCGUUCACCUCCAGUUAUUUUGGGGGGGACCCUGGAACUGAUACGGCCGCUGCCACAAGGGAUGCAACUCCUGUCCGAUCACGUACGAGCGGAUUCGAUCGCGACAGCCCUUCCCCGUCGAUUCCACGGCAAGGUCCAGCCCAAGUGUGAAGUUCAUCUCCCACCUGUGGUGGGUGCCCACCUGCCAAAACAGAUUUGGGAGUGGAAAACACUACACCUCCCCGUUUCUUUUGCAAUAAUUCAAUCUGAUUGCCUUGUCCGUCUCUCUCUCUCUUUUCCUUUUGACAGCUUAUUCAUGGGCCGCGGCUGAUAAGGUUAGACGUAUGGGGAAGGGUGGGGGGGUUUAAAAGCAAGCACCCCCCCAGCGCUCAAAAAAGGUUGCAUUUGUUGUUAGUGCCACAAAUCAAAACAAGGAACGUUGCAGGUCUGCCUUAUUCCCACCACCAUCCACCCCCAGAGCAGCAUUUCAAAUGUGUUGUUUUCGUUUCGUUUUGUUUUUUUUAACUUCAAAAGUUCGCACCCUUUUGGUGUUUUUCUUUUCUCUCUUUCUUUUUUUUGGGGGGGCAAUGUUGCCUCUGUAAGAUCUCUUCUUAUUUUUCUCCCACGGGGUUCCUUCGGGGUUGUAGCCCCACAGACAAAGGGGCUCGUCCGUUCCCUAGUUGCAACCCUCAUCCCAAAUGGCCAGUUCCCCCCCGUCGAUAGAGACAAAUGUGUACAUCCUCACGAUGCACAUGUGAAUUGGGGGGGAGGGGACACAGCCCCUUUCUCUCUCCCCACGUUUGGAUCGGGGAACCCCGUUUCCACAGGUUGGACCCUGUUGCUGGGGAAAGGAGAUCCUGGUUUGUUUUAUCCAUCGGCAACCAUUUUGAAGUCUUCAAUGGUUUCGUUGCUGGAAGGAGAUGGCAAACAAAAUGGCCGACUUUCCCACCCAUCCACAUCGCAAGUAGGAUGGGAAGAUGAAUUCCUCCAAAUUUUUAAUGUUUCUCUCUGUCUCUCUGUCUCUCUCUCUCUCUUCUCUCCCCCACCUCGCCAUUCGGGACGGGAUAUUUCCCCAGCUUUUGAUGGAGUUUUGACGAAGUGGCAACCUAUUGUGUGUGAUGUUUAGUGGCACGCCGAAAGAGGCGGGACUUCUUGUGUUAGACUGGGAAACGUACGUGGGUCAACUUUCCUGCUUUUUUCAGGGGAAACUGUGGUUUUUUUCAGCUUUAAUAGAUUUUUUUAAAAGUUCUUUUGUUUCGGUUUACUUUUUUUUAAUCUGAAACGUUUUCUUAGCUUUCUUGGUGAAAUUUUACUGUUGGACAUUGUUGAUUAUAGACGUUCUUGUGCAACUGGUCUCGGACUCGUCUGGUUAUUUCCUACGAAAUUUCCUCCCGUUAUAAAAAAAUAAAAAAAAAUAAAAUUAAAAACAAACCGCACAAAAAA